GACAAAGACACAGAGUGGAAGAUAACAUAGAACAUGGAUAAGCAGAAGCCUUAACUCCUCCCUUGUCUCCUUCACGACAACCCUAGAACAACUGCGCUCUCUGUCAAUCUCAAUCCAAUUCCGGUUUCCGGCUGCGAGCUACAGUGUUCUUUGAUGGGUUCUACGACGGCCACGUGCUCGCCGGGCUCGCUGCAGCUUCGUCUAGCACUCAAGUGCGGGAAAUGCAAGGGAUCACGUGCAGUUCUUGUGCGGACGCAGAUGAGGAAUCUCGAUCGUGUGGCGCCCCGGCUGUCUGUCGGUUGGAGAGGUAGAGUAAGACUGGUGCGUAAUGGCGGUUCGUGGAUCCGCUCGGAUUCUGCUGCUGCCGAUGCUUUCUCUGGAUGGUCCGAGUCAGAUAAUGCUGAAGAGUCGACUGAAUCGCAGAGGAAAAAUUGGUUCGGAGGGAUUUUGGGAGCUGGAGUGGCUGGAGUUGUUCUUGUAGCAGGGCUUACCUUUGCAGCAAUAUAUAUAAGUAAACGGAGCACUUCUAGGCCACAACAACAAAUGGAACCCUUAAUGACUGAGCAGCAAGUUUCAUUGAGCUCUUGUAAUGUUGAGGAGAAAGAAAACAAGGGCAAUUUUGUGAAGGAUAGUGGUGAUCUGGAAAGCAAGACAGGUAUAGAUAAGGCUCUUUCUUCAUCUUUAGAAUUUAAUGAUGCUUCUAUUGAAAAUGUACUUGGUAAAGAUCGUAUCAGACACAUAUCUGGUGAUAGUGAUACCAUAGAAAGUGCUUCUUUUCUGGAAGAUUUAAGAGAAGUAUCUGAUCUUAGUGACGUUUCAGUUGGCACUGAUGCAACUCCAAUCUCACCUAAGCUGCCUGAAUCCAAUAUUGUUAGUGGUUCUUUUCUUGCAUCUACCCUUAAAGAUUCAGAUAUCAAUCUUGAUACGAUAUCACCUGAGCCAACUUCUCAAAUUGAAGGGAACUCCAUCAAUGUCUCGAACCUUAACAAUGAUCACCAUGAGGAGUUGACUGGCUCAGAGGGAAAAGAACAUUCCGAUCUCUCAUUGGAUUCUUAUUCUGAUUCGAAUGCCACAUCCAUUGAGGCUGUGAUUGUAGGCUUCACUGUUGGUUCAGGUGUGGACACAGUUUUAGAAGAUCAGGUUGUGCUCAGGGAAAAUGUGGAGACUAUAGUCUCAUCUUCAACCAAAAAAAUUCUUGAUAUCAGCAAAUUGCCGCAAGCCUCAGAAGAGAGAAAGAAUUCAUCUGUGGAGGUGAAUGACUCAAGUGAGAGUGGGUCAUCUGAAACCACCUCUCUGCCAGUCUCAGCCCAUCUAUCUGCAAAUGAACAAGACAAAAAUGGUUAUAGCGAGAUGAACCAAAGCAAAUCAUUUUUUGAAUCCUCAACUCCCAAGAAUUACUUCUCUCCUGCUGGUAUACCUGCUCCAUCUGUAGUUUCUGCAGCUCUACAAGUCAUGCCUGGAAAGGUUCUCAUUCCUGCAGUUGUUGAUCCAGUUCAGGGGCAGGCAAUAGCAGCUCUUCAGGUUUUGAAGGUUAUUGAGGCAGAUGCUCGACCUAGUGAUCUAUGUACACGCCGUGAGUAUGCUCGUUGGCUAAUAACUGGAAGCAGUGCUCUUUCAAGGAACACAGUGUCAAAAGUUUAUCCUGCAAUGUAUAUAGAGAAUGUUACUGAACUUGCAUUUGAUGAUAUUACACCUGAGGAUCCUGACUUUUCAUCCAUUCAAGGCUUGGCAGAAGCCGGACUCAUAUCAAGCAAGCUUUCAAAUCGUGAUCUUCUGAAUGAAGAUCAAGGCCCAGUUUAUUUCUCUCCUGAAAGUGCUUUAUCACGUCAGGAUCUUGUAAGUUGGAAAAUGGCCCUAGAGAAAAGACAACUCCCAGAAGCUGACAGAAAGACCCUCUACGAACUUUCUGGUUUUAUAGACAUUGAUAAGAUAAAUCCAGAAGCAUGGCCUGCACUUGUGGCUGAUUUGUCUUCAGGAGAACAAGGGAUAAUAGCCCUUGCUUUUGGUUGCACAAGACUUUUCCAGCCAGAUAAGCCAGUGACAAAAGCCCAAGCUGCCGUUGCUCUUGCAACUGGUGAGGCUUCUGACAUGGUAAGUGAGGAGCUUGCACGUAUUGAAGCAGAAUCUAUGGCAGAAAAUGCAGUUUCUGCUCAUAAUGCUUUAGUCGCUGAAGUUGAAAAGGAUAUCAAUGCAAGUUUUGAAAAGGAGCUUACCAUGGAGAGGGAAAAGAUUGAUGCUGUGGAGAAAAUGGCUGAAGAGGCAAAGCACGAACUUGAAAGGUUAAGAGCAGAGAGAGAAGAAGACCGCAUUGCUUUGAUGAAGGAACGUGUGGCUAUUGAAUCAGAAAUGGAAGUUCUUUCACGGCUUAGGCGGGAAGUAGAGGGGCAGUUGGAAAGCCUGAUGAGCAACAAGGUUGAGAUAUCAUAUGAGAAGGAAAGGAUUAAUAAACUACGAAUAGAAACAGAAAAUGAAAGCCAAGAGAUUGCCAGGUUACAGCAUGAACUGGAAGUAGAACAAAAAGCCUUGUCCAUGGCCAGGGCUUGGGCUGAGGAUGAGGCAAAAAAAGCCAGAGAACAUGCAAAAGCCCUAGAGGAAGCAAGAGAUCGAUGGGAGAGGCAUGGCAUCAAAGUGGUUGUUGACAAUGACCUUCAAGAAGAGAGUGCCGUAGGAGUUACAUGGCUUAAUGCUGGGAAGCAACUCUCUGUAGAAGGAAGCGUUGGCAGGGCUCAAACUUUAGUGGACAAGCUCAAAGCAAUGGCAAGCAAUGUAGGAGAAAAUUCUAAAGAGUUCAUCAAUAGAAUUAUUGAGAGGAUUCUCCAUCUAAUUUCAGUACUGAAGGAGUGGGUCUUGAGGGCCAGGGCAAAGGCUGAAGAACUGAAAGACAAUAGUGUCUUAAAGGCGAAGGAAUCCAUACAAGAGUUGAGGCAAACAACAGCAGAAUUCAGUUUGACCGUAAAGGAAGGUGUGAAGCGUGUUGCAGGAGAUUGCAGGGAAGGAGUUGAGAAACUUACUCAGAAGUUCAAAACAUAGCUCUAUGGAUCCCCCCAACUUUCAAGUGCAAUGAACAUUUUGGUCGCUGAGUAUUCAGAGUGCAAUAAACAUUUUUGUUGCUGAGAAGGGAGCCAUGUAUUAAAACUACCAUUAGCAUGUCCCAUUUUGUAACCUUUUCCUCAUUGCAAGUUCGAUCAAAUAAGGGGUAAUGAGGGCAACUUAUUUAUACAAUUUUUACUUACAAUCUUUACAUGUAAUCAAGUUAAUAAAUACAUAAAAUAUCA